CGCGUCCCACAAGGCGCCGGCGGCUCCUGCGGAAGGUCGCGCAGCGGAGAGGGUUGGUGAGUCGGGCUGCCCGUCGCCAUUAUGCUGGCCGCAGGUGUGCGCAGGUUUGCCACGUCUGCCAUCCGCAGGGGCCACUACGAGGACGGGCCCGGAAAGAAUAUUCCGUUUUCCAUUGAAAACAAAUGGCGACUACUGGCAGUAAUGUGUGCAUUUUUCGGAAGUGGAUUUAUUGCCCCCUUUUUUAUAGUCAGACACCAGCUUCUUAAGAAAUGAAGAGGAUGGGCUGUAAUCCCACUAACUGGAGUUGAAGCCUUCUACACAGCAGCUCUCAAUGAGAAAAGGAUGGCUGCAAUUGUGUACCAUGCUGGAUAUGUCUGUAAAUAAAUCUUAAAUCUGA